CUGAGGAGAAGCGUUCCUAUCGAGCCUCUUAUUGAGGUUUUUAUUAUUAGUGCACAGGUUUUGUUGCUGCUGGCCGAACAUUAAACGUUGUGAAAAGGUUCAGAAGAUAAAUUGUGACAAAUGGAGGAUUAUGGUGAUUAAAGAAAAAGAGAGGGCGCGAGAAUCCUCAUCGUUAAAAACCGGAGGAGGAGACGGAAAGAAAAACAUCCGCGUGGCCUUUUCCAGAAACAUCCUGAGCUGCAGACGAGGACUGUGAAAAGAAGCAGGGAUGCCUCGAGGGAGAGGCCGUCAACCAGUUGACCCAGAAGGGCUCGGUUCGGUGCCUCCUAUACCUGCAGCAUCCACAUCAGAACAGGAGGAAACACAAGACAGCAAAGAUCCCAUGUUUCCUCAAGAUGUCCAGCAAUUGGAUUGGAGCUCCAAUUUUGACCAGAAGGACCCAGAAUCCCUUCACAUUAAGGAGGAAGAGGAGAAACUCUGGACCAGUCUGGAGGGAGAGCAGCAUAGUGGACAGACGGAAACUGAUUUCAGCAGGUUCUUUUCCAGUGAAUUUAUUGCAAAGAGAGAAGAUGAUGAAGAAAAACGUCAGUCCACACAGCUUUAUCAAAUCAAAACAGAGGAAAAAAGAGAGACAGACCCUCCAACCAGCAAGUUAGUUACACAAAUAAAAAAAGAAUGUGAUGGCGAGGACUGUGAAGGACCAGAACCGGACAAGAACUUGGAUCAAGGUGGUUGUUUACAACAAAGAACUGAUGAAAGGGAGGUUUGUGAGACCGAGGAUUGGCAGGGACCGUGGUCAGAUUCUGGACCUGAAACUGAAGACAGUGAUGCUGAUUGGAGGGAGACCAGAGCACCUGAGUCGGCUGUAAGUGAUGAUGUCACUGGUAAAACUGCAGAAAAGCCCUUCAGCUGCUCAGAGUGUGGCCAGCAGUUUGUCUACAAGCAUUCUUGGAGGACACACAUGCGAGUUCACUCUGGACAGAAACCAUUUGGCUGCGAUCAUUGUGGUAAAAGAUUUAGCCAAAAUGUACAUCUCAAGAAUCACGAGAUUACGCACACGGGAGAGAAACGGUUCGGAUGUGGCGACUGUGGUAAAAAAUUUAGCCUAGAAACUCAUCUGAAGAACCACACGAGGGUGCACACAGGGGAGAAACCUUAUAGUUGUGGUGUCUGUAGUAAAAGAUUUAAUCAAAACACACAUCUUAAAAUACAUAUGAGAGUACACACAGGAGAGAAGCCAUUUAAUUGUGGUGACUGUGGUAAAAGAUUUCGGCAAAACGCAAGUCUCAAGAAACACGUGAGCAUACACACAGGUGAAAAACCUUUCACUUGUGGUGAUUGUGGUAAAACAUUUAGCCAAAACACAUACCUUAAGAAACACAUGCUGGUACACACAGGGGUGAAACAGUUCAUAUGUUGUGAUUGUGGGAAAAGAUUUAACCAAAAAAUCCACCUGAUCAAACACAUGAACAUCCACAGUGGAAGGAAAGAGUAUUUCUGUAGUGACUGUGGGAAAAAAUUUUGUAAAAAAUUAGAUCUCAAGGCGCACAAGAGAAUUCACAAAGGCGAGAAACCGUUUGGCUGUGUUUUUUGUGGUGAAAGAUUUAGUAGAAUAAAAGAGCUUCACGUGCACCGGAAGGUCCACAGAGGCGAGAAACGCUUUGUCUGUGAAGUCUGUAAAAAUAAAUACACGAGAAAGUCAGAUCUGGAAAUACACAUGCGAGUCCACACAGGGGAGAGACCCUUUGGUUGCGACAUAUGCGGUAAAACAUUUUUCCAAAGCAAACACCUUGUUGGACAUAUGACGGUUCACAAUGAAGAGAAACCAUUUGGCUGUGAUAUGUGUGAUAAAAGAUUUAGCCGAACAUCUUAUCUUCAGACACACAGGCGAGUCCAUACCGGAGAGAAACCGUUUGGCUGUGAUGUUUGUGGUAAAAGAUUUCGCAGAACAGCUGAUCUUCAGAUGCAUGUGAAAGUCCAUACUGGAGAAAAACCAUAUGGGUGUGAUAUUUGUGGUAAAACCUUUAACCGUAAGUCAUAUUUUAAGGUACACAUGAGAUUACACACUGGAGAGAAACCAUUUGAAUGUGAUGUUUGUGGUAGAAGAUUUAACCGUCCGUCAUACGUAAGGUUGCAUAUGAGAGUCCACACCGGUGAGAAACCAUUUAGUUGCAGCCAUUGUGGUAAAGGGUUUACCCGACAGGGAAAUCUGACAAGCCAUCUCAUAGUCCACGCAGUAUAGACCAGUUUAUUGUGAUGAAUAUUGGCCUGAUUGCUGAUUAAAACAAGCAUGAGUAUGUCUGUAAAUGGUAAAUGGAGUGUACUAUAUAAGUACACUCCAUUUACCAUCAGUUUAUCUGUCCUGAGCUGUUAUAGAUGACUGCUAUAAGUUUCAUUUUAAUCUAUCCCCUUAAUUCACACAUUGUAAUGGAGACUCAAUGUGCAUUUGCAUCAGGAGUAUCCAGGGCACUUGGUUUGAUUGGACCGUAACGCCAAGAAAUGUUGCACCAUCAUUUGGUGUGGUUUGUAUUCAGACAUCGCAUAGUUAAACUACUGCUUGCUGGCGGAAAGAUUGGAAAACAACCACUGACCCAAGAGGAAAAACAACAGAAGGAAGAAGCAACCCCAUCUUAUCAAAUGGAUAGGACCAAAAAUGAAAACAGUCGGCUUGUUAACUUGACAGGUAGUUUUCUUGAUGUUUCUGUGUUUCAAUGCGCUCUGUGUCACUUCCUGUCA